AUGGAUCUCCUGCCAAACUUUUCUGUUGUCACUUGGCUGCUCCUCAUCGUUUUUCUUAGCCUCCUGGUCCUCUAUGGGAUAUGGCCCUUCCAGGCCUUCAAGAAGCUGGGCAUUCCUGGGCCACGGCCUCUGCCGUUUUUGGGAACUUUCCUGGAGUACCGGCAUGGAGUCCUGAAUUUUGAUCAGAUGUGCUUUGAAAAGUAUGGCAAGAUCUGGGGGAUUUUUGAUGGCAGGCAGCCUGUGCUGGCCGUUUUGGACCCCGUCCUCAUCAAAAAUAUCCUGGUGAAAGAGUGCUAUGCCAUUUUUACUAAUCGCCGGAACUUCGGUCUGAACGGGAUCCUGGAGUCGGCCCUCAUUGUGGCUGAAGAUGAGAAGUGGAAAAGGAUUCGUACUAUACUGUCUCCAACCUUCACCAGUGGGAAGCUGAAGGAGAUGUUCCCCAUCAUUAAUCACUAUGGCGAAAAAUUAGUGAAAAACAUUGAGAAGAAAGUGGCUAAUGAUGAGUUCGUGACCAUGAAGGACAUUUUUGGAGCCUACAGCAUGGAUGUGGUGGCCAGCACUUCUUUCAGUGUGAAUAUUGACUCCAUGAGCAACCCCAGUGACCCCUUCAUCACCAACAUUAAGAAAUUUCUCAAAUUCAGUUUCCUAAACCCUGUGUUUGUACUCUUAGUGUUGUUCCCCUUCAUUAUCCCAGUGCUGGAAAAGAUGAAUGUGACUCUGUUACCCUCAAAGGUCAUGGACUUCUUCAAGGGCGUCUUCACAAAAAUGAAGAAGGAACGAGAAAAGGGCAACAGCACGGACCGGGUUGAUUUCUUGCAACUCAUGGUUGACUCGCAGAGCUCACAUGACAAGUCUGCUGAGACCGACUCGUACAAAUCAUUAAGUGAUGAGGAGAUUCUGGCCCAAGCUCUUGUGUUUGUCUUUGCUGGUUAUGAGACCACCAGCUCCACCCUCAGCUACAUAUCAUAUAACUUGGCCACCCACCCUGAUGUGCAGCAGCGACUCCAGGAUGAGAUCGAUGCAAACCUGCCCAAAAAGGCUACUCCCACAUACAACACCAUCAUGCAGAUGGAAUACCUCGAUAUGGUGGUGAACGAAUCCCUCCGGCUCUUCCCUCCCGGGGGCCGGAUCGAGAGGGUCUGCAAGAAGACGGUGGAGCUCAACGGUGUGACUAUUCCAAAGGGCAUGGUGGUCAUGGUCCCAGCCUACGUGCUGCAUCGUGACCCGGGGUACUGGCCAGAGCCGGAGGAGUUCAGGCCUGAGAGGUUCAGUAAAGAGAGCAGAGAGUCUAUUGACCCCUACACCUUCCUGCCAUUUGGGGCUGGCCCCAGGAACUGCAUAGGAAUGAGGUUUGCUCUCCUCAUCGUGAAAGUGGCUAUGGUUGUCCUGUUGCAAAAAUUCUCAUUCAGAACCUGCGAAGACACUCUGAUCCCGCUGGUUCUGGACACGAAAGGUUUCAUGCAACCGAAGAAGCCCAUCGUCCUGAAGAUGGUCCCCAGAGCCCACGCCGAUCUGGAGAAGUGA